AUGAGAGAAGGACCUGCAAGGCCAAAGGUGGAUCGCAAAAGCAGGAAAAGGAGUGGGAAACAGACAGUUGAAUCGAGUGAGAGUGAUGAUAGAUCAACCAGUGUUGAUACAGAAGAUGUGGACAUUGAGAAUAAAAACGGUCCACCUGCUGGACAAGGAAAUGGAGUUGAUAGCUAUGGUGCUAGGAGAUCAUCUCGGCGUAGGCAGAUUAUUUCAUACAGUGAUGGUGUGAGUGGUGAUGAGAAUGAUCUGGCAAGCCCUCUGAAGAAGGCACGGUUUAACCAGUCAGCUGGAUACAGCAAACCUCAGCAGAAAGAAGCUGUUGGUGGUGAUGAUCAACAUCGAACCGAUGUAACUAUGCCAUGCAGUAAUUCCGGGGAAAGAUUAAAUCAAAAUGGAGUGGGCUUUCCUGAAGGCGAUGUGCAAAACAACAAUUCCAAGAUUGGGACAGUUAAGGAACAGGUUUCUAGACCGCCCUCAGGUGGCACAGAAAAAGUUGAACUUAUUGUUCAUUCUGAUUCCGAACCAGAUACAGCUCCUGAUAGUAAGCUUCCGGAGGUGGAUGAUUAUCCUGAUCCUGAAUUUAGUGAUUUUGACAAGCUUAAAGCACAAAAUUGCUUUGCAAUUGAUCAGAUCUGGGCUUGCUAUGAUGCAGCUGAUAGUAUGCCAAGAUUCUAUGCCCACAUUAGGAAGGUAUACAGUCCUGAAUUUAAGGUGAUGUUCACUUGGCUUGAGGCUCAUCCGGAAGAUCAAAGGGGCAGAGCUUGGGUCACGGCAGAGUUGCCUGUUGGCUGUGGGAAAUUUAGACGUGGGAGUGCAGAAUUCACUUCUGAUCGACUUACAUUUUCUCAUCAAGUGCAGUGCGAAAUGGGCAAGAGAGGUCUGUUUAUUGUAUAUCCUAGGAAAGCAGAAACGUGGGCCCUUUUCAAAGAUUGGUAUAUUAGUUGGGGCUCUGAUCCAGAUAAUCAUAGGAAGUACAAGUAUGAAAUUGUGGAGAUUCUUUCUGAUUAUGUAGUGGAUGUUGGUGUCCAAGUUGGUUACUUAGAUAAAAUGACCAGAUUUGUUAGCCUUUUCAAGCGAACAAGGCUGACUGAAGUUGGUACGUUCUUUGUAAAGCCAAAUGAACUUUACAAGUUCUCUCAUCGAAUUCCUUCUUUCAAAAUGACUGGAACUGAAGGAGAGGGUGUACCUGCAGGAUCCUUUGAACUUGAUCCUGCUUCUUUACCCGUCAAUCCAGAUGAUAUUUGGUACCCUGAAAGGGUUAUGCGAGAAAACAGGGCUGCAAAUUCUGAACCUAGGGAACAUGUUUCUCCUGCAGUUCCCCCUGGAACUAGAGAAAAGAUCAGGAUGUCUGAGAAUGCAAUGAUAUCUCUGAAGUCUGGGGAGCUGAAAGGCAUCUGUGCUGCUAAUGGAGAGUCUGCUGAGGUUCGAACAAAGCUGGCGUGCAUGAAUCUGUAG